UGGAUGCAGCCCUACCUAUAAGCACCGCUUUAGCUGCAGCAUAUGUGGGCCAUGGUAAUCACAGAAUAUAUGAAACAUAUAGAGCAUGGCUAAAACAUAAUCCUGAUGAAGCAAUAAUAAGCAUUGAUAAAAUUUCCUGAAUGACCCACAGUGGGAAACAGGAGAACCAAUGUAUUUACAAAGCAUAUGUACUAGAAUAUUGUGUAGAGAUUUUGUUAUAUAUAUGUUAAAAGAAUUUGCAGCUUAUAGCACUUGGUUGAAGUUAUAUAAACAUAUAUAUAGAAAAAGCAUAAAAAUAAACCACCCAGAAUGAGAAGGAUAAGAAUGCUAGGAUUAACAAGUUAGGAUAAUAUAUUGUAAAUUCCCAGGCUGCGACUUCAUGUGAUGCCUUUUAUGUUGAAGACAUUUCAGGCAUCAGGGGAUGGAAUGUAAGGAACACAUGUAAGGCCUAGGGUGAACAACCCUGGUCAGGAGUGACAAGCAAUAGAAUGAUGUAAGCAAACCACGAAUGGAGUAGUGAUAAGCUAUAAGCUAUUUUUGGAAGUAGGAAUAAGACUAGAAACCCAGCCAGGAAAGAAUAUAAAAGAUGAAGCCUCAGACCCGACCAACAGAGCUCGUCAGGCCCUCACUCGAGACAACUCUCCUCCGCCAGAGACGUGAGAUCCUGUCCCCAGUGCAGACGUGGCUGACCUGAGGAAGGAUGACCAAGAUCCAGAGGAACAGACGUGGCGAGUCUGGACCUGUACACCUGGAGAGGAACUCCUGCUUCGAUUUGGAAGACAGGAUGAAUAGUGCUUGUAAUCUUACUGUGUGAAUAAAUGAGUGUUAUACCAAGUCUGAAUCAAGAGUGAUUAUUCCUCUCCUGUAACCGGGGUAUGUGAUCGCUACAACCACCCUGGAGGAUUAACAAGAUCCAAGAUGCAAAGAGGAGACUGGCCAAGCAUCCAUCAGAAUUGUUCGAGAACCUCACAUUUGCAACAAACUCAAAGAGGCUUUCACUGGAGUGACACAGGCACAUAUGGUAUGGAUUCACAAAAGUGAAGGAGGUGGUUCCUCUCCUCACGGAGAUGGAGCAAGAUAAGAUUGACAGCCCUCAAAUCCACACAGGAAGUGGCUUAUCACAGAGGAUGGACAGCUAGGACAAAAAAGGAAAUGCUCUCAAAGGCUGGCCAUAGGUGGGAAGAUUGUGAAGCCCUUAGCUGAAGGCUGGGGGACAGGUGACAUCCUCAAUCCUUGAUCAUGGAUGUGUCCCUCACUGGGAGUGAUAGGAACCUGCACCCCUGAGUCCUGGACCAUCUUCAGAGCACUUCCUAUACCAGUUCAUCUGAAGCCUCCCAGGGGAGCAGGAAGCAGAGGACAGAAAGCAGAACUGGGCAUGUGAACACUGGACAUUCUAGAAGGAGACCACGCCUCCUCCUCUUGGGCUUGGUGUGGGCAGGAGACAUCAGAGCUGAAGAAAUGAUCCCAGGAGUGAUGGGAGUGUGGCUGCCUUCUGCUCUGCUCCUCUUGCAGGUCCCCGGCUGUGUCCCUCUGCGUGGCCCCAGCAAGGUGACAGGCACAGUGGGGGAAUCCCUGAGUGUGCGGUGUCAGUACGAGGAGAAAUACAAGACGAACAACAAAUACUGGUGCAGAGUGUCGCUGCUACCAUCAUGUAAAGAGAUUGUCAGGACCAGAGCCUCAAAAGAAGCUGGGAAUGGCCGAGUUUCCAUCAGGGACCAUCCAGCCACCCUCACCUUCACAGUGACCUUGGAGAACCUCACCCUGGAGGAUGCAGGCACCUACAAGUGUGGGGUGGACGUACCGUUUAUCAAUGGCUCCUUCUGGGAAACUGAUCCCUCCUUGGUGAUCGAUGACUCCUUCAAGGUUGUGGUGUCCGUGGUCCCAGGCUCUAGCCCCGAGAACAGAGCAAAUACCCCGGGGUACCCCACAUCCUCACCAGUGCACACUCAGCCCAGCGUGACCACAGAGGACACAACUCCUGGUCCCAGCCUACAACCCCGGCCAGUGCUGAGCAGCAUCUACUUCAAGGUCCUGGUCUUUCUGGAGGUGCCCCUGCUCUUGAGCAUGCUCAGUGCGGUCCUCUGGGUGAACAGGCCUCAGAGAUGCUCUGGGAAGAAGCAGCAUUGUCCCGAUUAUGAGAAUCAGUGAGGUCUGUUGACAUCAAAGCUCUGUUCAUGUCCCUGGACACAGCUCUUCUGGUGACAGAGGACAACAAAUAAAUCUGUGAUUCUGAGAA